AUGUCAGAGGUGCCGGUAUCCGAGUUUACGUUUGGGAAGAGUCUGCUGUUUGAUUUUGACGGUAAUGCUGAUGCUGAAGGGACCUCGAAUGAUACUGAACAAUUAUUACAAUUUAUUAGUGGUGAUGGCUUAAAAGUAUCUAUGAAGAAGAAGAAGAAAGAGAUAAAUAAACAAAAUGGAUAUGGUGACGAUAUCCUGGGAUUGAAUCAAGCUAACAGCGAAUGGAAACAGGAUGAUUCUUAUGGUAUAAAUAUCAGUGCAUUGCUGGAUAGAAUAGAAGCUCGCAGUAAUGACACUGAAGUGACUUCAACGGCAACAACACACACUCACCACGAUCAUGAUAAACACGCUGCAGAUAGGGACCAUCAAUUGUGGGUUGAACGGUGGCGUCCCAAGAAUUUCUUAGAUUUAGUAGGGAAUGAAAAGACGAAUAGAAGAAUCUUGAAAUGGUUAAGAGAUUGGUCACCCGUAGUAUUCAAAGAACAGAUAGGGAAAAUACCUUCGUUUAAUGAGAAAGAUCAGGACCAAGAACCUGACCCACUAAUGAGACCCAGGAGGAAAAUUCUUCUGAUACAUGGAUCUCCCGGGAUUGGUAAGACCUCUGUGGCUCAUGUUGUUUGUAAACAAGCUGGGUUUCAAGUAACUGAAAUUAAUGCAAGUGAUGAACGUGCAGGUCAGGUGGUUAAGGACAAAAUCCAUAAUACUUUGUUUAAUAAGACAUUACAUAAGAAACCCGUGUGUCUAGUUGCAGAUGAAAUUGAUGGUAGUGUAGAGAAUGGGUUCGUCAGAGUAUUAAUCGAUAUUAUAAAUAAAGAUAUCAAAGCUACAAAUAAAUUGAGAUAUAUGCAAGCAAAUGGAAAUAACAAUAAUACUAAUCAUACAUUUAAAUCAAAGGGUAAGAAAAAGAAGAAAAGUGCAAAUUUAUUGUUACGUCCAAUUAUUGCAAUUUGUAAUAAUAUAUAUGCACCAGCAUUAGAAAAAUUAAAACCAUAUUGUGAAAUUGUUGCCUUUAAGAGACCCUCAGAUUCGGCAAUACAAGAAAGAUUGUUAGAUAUUUGUGACAAAGAGAAAUUGCAAUUAUCAGUUAAGACACUAAACGAUUUGAUCGAUCUUUCACAAGGUGACGUCAGAAAUUGUAUUAAUAAUUUGCAAUUUAUGGCCACGCAAAAUAAAUUCAAAAAUGUGAACCCAAAAGGAUCAUCAGAAAAUGGGAAUAAUUCAAAUACUUGGGAAUCUAGUAGUAAAGAUUUAUCAAUGUCAUGGUAUCUAUUAGUCAACAGAUUAUUCAAGAAAGAUCCACAUAGUGAUGUUAAAGAACAAUUCAAAAAAUUAUUGCAUGAAGUAGAGAUGAAUGGUAAUUACGAUAGAAUCUUGCAAGGUUGUUAUACUUUGUUCCCAGCUGUAAAAUAUUCUGAUAGAGGUGUACAAAAACCCAAAGAAAUUGCAGAUUGGUUAUAUUUCCAUGAUUUGAUGAACCAAUCAUUAUAUCAUCAUAAUGGUGAAUUGAUACGAUAUUCAGCUAUCGUACCUUUAGUAUUUUUCCAAAAUUUUGGGGAUAUUGCUAAUAAAGAAGACUUAAGAAUUAAAAAUAUUGAAUUCCAAACUCGCGAUAUAAGUAGAGCAAAUCUCGAUAUUGCUAAUCUCAUAAUAUCUAAUAUAUCCACCGAAGCACCUACUGUUGCAGCAUUUAUUAAUAAAAACUCUUUGAUCUUUGAAAUAUUACCAUACCUUGAUUAUAUGAUAUCUAGUGACUUAACCAGGACGAAAAAUUUAAAGACUAAAAAUAUUAUAGCUGCCGCAUUGUUGGCAAUAUUAAAAGAGUUUCAUUUAGAAUUAUUACAAAUACAACAAGAGGCAUCGGAAAGUAGGCCAGUAUUGGGUAUUAGUCCGCCAAUUGAUAAAAUUGUUCUCUUGGAUCCUCAUAGAAUGAAAGAACUUAUUACAAAGAGACCAUUAACAUACAAUUUAUUGUUAGCGAAAUACCAAGAACAACGGGUUUUGAAAAGACAUAUAUCAGAAACUACAAAGGAGAAAGAAGUUAUUGAGGAGAAUAAAAAUAAAAUGCAAAAGACAAAUGCCAACUCUAUUGAAUUUUUUAAAAAUCAAUACGAAAAUAUCAAUAGUACCCAACAACAACAAAAAGAAGCUAGUCAUAAUGCGAAUUCUGGUAACCAAGAAAGGAAUUCCACUGAAACUCACGAUGAACUUAGAAUUUGGGUGAAAUACAAAGCUGGGUUUUCGAAUGCGGUCAGGAAGAAUGUGUCAUGGGAUGCCCUUUGGCACUAA